GCCACCACCCUUUCGCCAUGAAGAAUCGUAAUCCGUCCCUCUAGUCCAGUAGUCCCUACUCUCUAGAUUCCAGUGAGAAUCCGAUAAUCCAAGCAUUAUUAGCACAGCAUUCUCUAUGGGCUGCGCCACCUCGAAGCUUCAAGAGUUGCCGGCGGUGGCUCUCUGCCGUGACCGCUGCAACUUCCUCGAUGAGGCGCUCCGGCAGAGCUACGCACUUGCCGACGCGCACGUAGCCUACAUGAAGUCGCUGGAGAGUCUAGGUCCGGCUCUCUGUCUGUUCUUUGAGCAGAUUGUCGAUUCUUCGUUGGACGGUGAUUCUUCCCGUACAACUGAGAAAUCGUUGAAGCCAGAUUCUCAGGAGUUUUCAGCUGAUCCUUCGCGUUCGAGUUCGAAUUCUGACUCGCACAUUCGAUUCGAUUUCAGUUCUGAAGAGGAAGAUGGAGAUGGAGGUUUUGAAUCUUCCAACUAUAUCCAGUCCAAUUAUCUUGAUCAUUCGACUCUAACUUUGAAUUCUUCGCGGAAUCAUAAUUACGGUACCAAUGCAGACCAAGCGUUUGAUUAUUUCUCACGCAACAAUGAAUUCCACGGUUCCGGUUCGAAAACGCCUCCUCCUCCCCCUUCGAGGAGCACAGCUUGGGAUUACUUGAACUUCUUUGAUGAGUCUUAUGAGAAAUACGAAUUGCCUUAUUCUGCUAAUGAAGCAGUGGAGGACAAAGGAGAUAGCAAUCUCAAUGGUGAAUUCGUGAAGGAAAUUCCAGCAGAUAAAGAUUUUGGCAAAAAUGUUGCUAGUGGAGUGGAUGCAAAAGAAAUUCCAAGUCAGAAAACUGCGCCAGUAGAGAAGAAGAAGAAGGAGAGGAUUAAAGAGGAGAGUGAGUCGGAUGAAUCAAAAAAUCAGAGAGGAGAACAAACCGUCUAUGAGGUUAUGAUAGAAUUGCAAGUUCUGUUUCAGAAAGCUUCAGACUCAGGCAAUGAAGUUUUGAAGAUGCUUGACACUGGAAGAUUUCGUUAUCAUGACAAGAAAUCUGUUUAUCAAGGUUCUUCAAAGACGCUGAACAUGAUGGCUUUAAAUUUACCAGUAAAGGGGUCUUUGUCAUCUGCUGAUCAAAAGAAUGGUACUGCUGAGGAACAUUGGACUGUGACUUCAGAGAAUUUAUCUUCUACUCUUAAGAAGCUGUGUAUGUGGGAGAAGAAACUAUACAAUGAAGUCAAGGAUGAGGAAAAGUUGCGUAUAAUUCAUGAAAGGAAGUCUAGGCAGGUAAGAAGUUUGGAUGAAAGGGGCACUGAUGCUCGUAAAGUGGACUCCAUCAGAACUUUAAUCCGUACUUUAUCUACUAAAAUGACAGUUGCAGUUCAAGUCAUUGAUCGGAUAUCAAUCACAAUAAAUAAGUUGAUGGAUGAGGAGUUGUGGCCACAUAUUUGUGAACUGAUUCAAAGAUUGCUUGAAAUGUGGAAAGAAAUGCUAGAAUGUCAUGGGUGCCAGUUCCAAACAGUUAUAGAAGCCAAAUGUUUGAAUGUUAUAUCACUGAAAGGGAAGCUUGAUGAUGACCACCAUGAAGUGGCAAUGCAACUGAAACUUGAGCUGCAAAAAUGGUGUCUGUGCUUCUGCAAUUGGUUUGAAGCACAAAAAGGCUAUGUCAAAGCUUUGAGUGAAUGGUUAUUGAGAUGUCUUCAGUAUGAGCCAAAGGAAACAGAUGAUGGUAUGCAACCUGCUCCUGAGAGAUAUGGAGCACCCCCUUUGGCUCUAAUUAUUUACCAAUGGUCUCAAGCCAUGAAUAUACGGCAAGAGAAGAAAGUGGUUAAAGCCAUGCAUGAACUUUUCACGGCCAUAAAUUGUUUGCUGGAACAACAUAAUGCAGAACUGCAGCAAAGGUUGAUUGCUGACAAGGAUACAGAGAGAAGAAUGAAGAUCUUGGAGAGGAAGGAGCAACAGAUGCAAAAGAUAAUGCAAGCUCAAGUGAAAAGAAUGACUCUACUCCCCAGGGAAGAAAGUGAGCCCCUAUUACCUAGAGAGACCAUUCAUGAGAUUGAAAAUACAAAUGCUACCAGCCUUAAAUUGGGUCUAGAACAUACUUUUAAAGCCAUGGAGGAACUUGCCUCCAGCUCAACUCAAGUUUAUAAGGAGCUUCACACGUGUGUCCAAGCAGCUGGCAAGGCAACUGGAGAUAACCAGAAUGCCAUUGAUUCGUAGACAAGGUAUCCUUAUUGCUAGAACAUAGACCUUGAAUUGUAACAUACUAUUAGUCAACUCCAGAGAGGUUACAUAUUUGAUACUUAUAAUAUUCUUUGGCAUCCUACCAUAAUGUACAUGUUUCCUGCAAAAAAUUUCUUCAGAUGAACCUGUGGCUAUUUGUACAAAUCUAGUAUACCCUAUGAUUGUUCUGGGAUUUUCUGUCUACUUAUGCUACUGCAUAACCCUGACCAAAUUCCAUUUAGC